UUCACAGAACACAUUAUUGAGGCAGUGUGAACUCCUCAGGUGUAUAAUUACUUUGGUAUGGCAUUUAGUAGCACAAUUAUAUUAAAUCUACAGUCCAGUGUUAGCUGCUCUACAGAGUACAGAUGAAAACAUCUAAACGUCCUUCAAAGCACAACAACAAAUCCAAUGUUCCACCAUAACCUCUCACCAACAGUCAUGGACAUGUUUUUCUCACCUGAAAGAAACACCUUGAAAUGACAUUUUUGUGACCUCUUCUUACUUGUGUUUCCAUUAUUAUCAUGUUCAUUCAUGAGAUAUUGGUUUUAUUAUUUAGUGGUUGUUUCUUGUGGUCAGUCUUCUUUAAGACUCAUUAUUUUUUUGCCCAACAAGAAGUCGAUGUUCAUCAAAGCCAUUGACAAAAGACGGAUGAUUUAUGCAUUUUGUUUUUUCCUUGUGUUGUUGCAGUGCCAACAAAAUGCAUAAACAAGUGGAGGUCAGGAUGGGCGAGAGCCACCUUGAGCCGUCCGUGGACAGUCCUGAGAAUCCAUGCGCCGGCUUCUGUGACAAGAUAAUGAAGAACAUGGUUCUAACUCUCACCAUCCUUGGCGUGUUCCUGGGCUCCAUUGCGGGAAUGCUUCUGCGGCACAUAUCGCCUCUCCAUCCCGAUGUUAUAAUGAUCAUUGCCUUCCCUGGGGAGAUCCUAAUGAGGAUGCUGAAGAUGCUUAUUUUACCUCUCGUCGUUUCCAGUCUGGUCACAGGACUUGCAGGCUUGGAUGCUAAAUCCAGCGGUCGCUUAGGCACCAGGGCCAUGGUGUACUACAUGACCACAACCGUGAUUGCAGCUGUCCUAGGAGUGAUAUUAGUGCUGCUCAUCCACCCUGGAAACCCAAAGCUGAGGGCUAAUCUUGGACUUGGAAAGAAGAACGAUGAGGUGUCCAGCGUGGAUGCUUUCUUUGAUCUCAUCCGAAAUCUCUUUCCAGAGAAUCUGGUGCAGGCUUGCUUCCAGCAGAUUCAGACAGUGGUCACCAAAGUACAGAUUCCCACAAACAGAACCAGAGCCCCGCCACAGUUCACAGUUAAGAGAUCACUUCAGUUCAAGAGUGGGAUGAAUGUCCUGGGUUUGAUCGGAUUCUUUGUCGCAUUUGGAGUCAUAAUGGGCAAGAUGGGAGAAAAAGCCAAGCUUAUGCUGGAGUUUUUCAAUGUGCUGAAUGAGAUUGUCAUGAGGCUCGUAGGUGCAAUUAUGUGGUAUUCUCCUGUUGGUAUCGCCUGCCUCAUCUGUGGGAAAAUCAUCUCCAUUGCUGACUUGGAGGUGGUCGCAAGGCAGCUGGGGAUGUACAUGGUCACUGUGAUCGUGGGUCUCAUCAUCCAUGGAGGGAUAUUUCUUCCAUUGAUCUAUUUUGUCAUAGUGAAAAAAAACCCGUUCACCUUCUUUAUGGGGAUAUUCCAGGCCUGGGUCACAGCACUUGGAACAGCAUCCAGUGCGGGGACGUUACCAGUCACAUUCCGAUGCCUAGAGGAGAACUUGGGCAUCGACAAGCGAGUCACUCGUUUUGUCCUACCGGUGGGUGCCACCAUCAACAUGGACGGCACGGCCCUGUACGAGGCUGUGGCUGCCAUCUUCAUUGCUCAGAUGAACGGCAUCGAUCUAGACUGGGGCCAGAUCAUUACAGUCAGUAUGACAGCCACUUUGGCCAGUGUUGGAGCCGCCAGUAUCCCCAGUGCUGGACUUGUGACUAUGCUACUGAUCCUCACAGCAGUGGGUCUGCCCACUCAGGACAUCAGCCUUCUGGUGGCUGUCGACUGGCUUCUUGAUCGCUUCCGCACCUCCGUCAAUGUGGUUGGGGACUCCUACGGUGCAGGUAUCGUGUACCACCUGUCCAAGGACGAGCUUGACAUGUUUGACGCCCAGCAGGUCAGGAUGGAUGAUUUUGAGAUGGCAAAGACACAAUCCUUCUUUGAAAACAACAGCAACCAGAACGUUUAUGCUCACCACAACUCAAUCUUGAUAGACGACUGCAAGGUACAUUUCACAUUAACGGACAUAGAGACUUGCAUGUAGAGACCCCACCCCCAUCCUCGCUCUGUGUUUGUAUUUUUCUUUUUUGUCUUUGUGUGUCUUUUGUAUGUGAUUGAUGUAUUUGUGUCCUUCCUAAGUGAAAGAAAUGUCAUGUUUUCAUUGAUGAAAGUAUUUUUUUAAAAAUGGCAAAAGAAUUUAAUAAAACUCCAUACUUUAUUCAUUGUAUUUUACACGAAGAAGCAGUUUUUGUGAUACCAGCCUCAACAGACAGUAAAAUGUGUUAUUUUGAUUUGUUUCAUGUUUUACAAACAAAGGAAUAUAUCUGGUUAAAAUAGUUCUUAAAGUAGUUUCAUAAAAUCCAAGUCAAAUUGUUAUUUUUUUUUUAAGUUUUUCUGUUUGUCUCUAACUUAUUCUUGUGUUAUUCUUGACCAAUUUUGACUUGUAAAUACUUCUUGUGGUAUGUCCUGAGUUUUUCUUUUUUUUGGACAUGUAUUUAUGGCAGCCCUGACCAAAUUACAAUUUUCAAACAUUGGUCAUUUUUCCAAAGACGUUUUGUUGCUAGUGGUAUACAUAAAGACUGCUGAUUCACCAUGUGUGAUCUCAAUGAAUCACAUCUAUGGACUAUUUGUCUCAGAUCCUUUCCUGUAGCUUCGUUUUCUAUUCAAACAUUUAGCUUUCUGAAUUGCUUGUUUAAUUUUGACUAUUGUAAUUCGGUUGGGGAGAGAAUCCAUAAAAUACAUGGCCAACUUUGGAGAUUUGUAUUCAUAAUCUUGCGGGCUGUUAGUAACAGUACAACAAUGUGAAUCAGUGUAUGAUUCAACCCAUGUACCCAUUUUCUUUCAAAGUCAGUCCCAAAGACAAUGGCCUGAUUGUAUCAAUUCAAUGGCUUCUCUGCUCCCAACCACCAAUGGUUUAUAAAUCACAGUGCCUUGGCCCAAAUAGUCAGUUUUUCUUAAUAAUUGCUUACAGGUCACCAUGGGCAAAAAUGGGAACACUCGAGAGUUCUCUCUUGUUGAAGAGGAACCAUG